AUGGAAGGACCGUUACACAAUGAUUUAUUUCAACAACCCAAGCUACUCAUCAACGGAGUGUCUGUUGGUAUAAAACUACAUCGUAGCCGUGACGCAUUCGCACUCAUCACUGACACCAUAUCUCCUAGCUAUCGCGCGAAAAUUGUGGAUGCGUAUUUCAGACUUUGUAUUCAAUGGCUGAAUAGUGACAUAUUAGUAGCGCAUGACAAACUCUCUCAAGAGACGCCGGCCAUUUACCCUUACUUACGUACAGAGAUAAAGACGACAUCUAUUGCUGCGGGUCAGUUCAGUUACAGCGCGGACGAUAUAUUUCAAGGAUUGAUACCCAGUAAAUUGAUAGUAGGUCUCGUUCCUAGUGCCGCGUUUAAUGGCGAUUACGCACACAAUCCAUUCAACUUCAAGCAUUAUAACUGCAGUUCCACAGGCCUUUACGUCGAUGGACAAUCGUUACCUUCACAACCAAACUAUUCGGCGGAUCAAUGCACGGAGUGUUACAGAACAUUAACUCUGUUUAGGAACGACAUUAACAUUUCAAACAAAGAUUAUAAGAAGGGAUACUGUCUGUACGGUCUUUAUGUAGACCCUUACUACUCGUUUAACACCAAAAGGAAAGGACAUUGUCGACUAGAACUCAAGUUUGCUGAGAAUUUACCAGGGAGUGUUACCCUGAUUAUGCACGCCACCUUCCCAGAAGUACUCAAUAUCAACAGUGCAAGGGGAGUGUAUUUCAAAUGA